GUGUGUGUGUGUGUGUGUGUGUGUGUGUGUACUCUCACUAGGGAUAAAUCCUGCCUCUCCUCCUUUCUAUCCCUCUUCUCUUUGCCACUCACACACACGAGCAGGGCUCCCGCUGCCAAACCUCACUCACAUACAAAUACACACACAGCCCAGCCUCUGCGCAGUCUAGUCCACAUUGAUUCUUUUGGUGUUUUGACAUUUUGCAUUCAUGGAGGACUACCACAAACCCGACCAGCAGACAGUGCAGGCGCUCAGGAACAUCGCCAACCGCCUCCGAAUCAACUGCAUCAAGGCUACCACCGCAACGGGCAGCGGACACCCUACAUCAUGCUGCAGCGUGGCAGAAAUCAUGUCUGUCCUGUUCUUCAACACAAUGAAGUACCGCACAGAGGACCCCAAGAACAUCAACAACGACCGCUUCAUCCUCUCUAAGGGUCAUGCCGCCCCAGCCCUGUACUCCGUGUGGACAGAGACUGGCUUCCUGAAGGAGAGUGAGCUGCUCUCUCUGUGCCAGGUGGAGUCCAACCUGGAGGGACACCCCAUAACUGCGUUGGAGUUUCAGAAGCAGCAGUUUGUGGAUGUGGCUACUGGUUCUCUGGGCCAGGGCCUGGGUGUGGCCUGUGGGAUGGCCUACACCGGGAAGUACUUUGACAAGUCCAGCUACCGUGUGUUCUGUCUGAUGGGGGAUGGGGAGCUGUCUGAGGGGGCAGUGUGGGAGGCCAUGUCCUUCGCCUCCUACUACCAGCUGGACAACCUGGUGGCCAUCUUGGAUAUCAACCGUCUGGGCCAGACUGACCCAGCGCCCCUGCAGCACCACGUGGAGAAGUACCAGAAACGCUGUGAGGCCUUCGGUUGGCAUGCCAUCAUUGUGGAUGGGCACAGUGUGGAGGAGCUGUGUAAGGCUCUGAGCCAGGCUCGCCACCAGCCCACUGCCAUCAUCGCCAAGACCACCAAGGGCAAGGGCAUCCCAGCUGUGGAGGAUAAGAUGGGCUGGCAUGCCAAGCCCCUGCCCAAAGACAUGGCUGAGGGAGUCGUGAAGGAUCUGCAGGCGCGCAUCAUGAACAGCAGCAAGCGCCUGUACCCUGCCACGCCCAUGGAGGACGCCCCGCCAGUCAGCCUGUGCAACAUCCGCAUGCCCAGUGCACCCGCCUACAAGCAGGGAGAGAAGGUUUCCACCAGGAAAGCCUAUGGCAUGGCCCUGGCUAAACUGGGUCGUUACAACGAGCGUGUGGUGGUCCUGGACGGAGACACCAACAACAUCACCUACUCAGAGAUCUUCAAGAACGAACAUCCCAACCGCUUUGUGGAGUGUUACAUCGCUCAACAGAACAUGGUGAGUGUUGCCACUGGUUGCGCUGCCCGUGAGAGGAACGUUGUGUACGCCAGCACCCUGGCCUCCUUCUUCACCCGCGCCUACGACCAGCUCCGCAUGGCUGCCAUCUCAGAGAGCAACAUCAAUCUGUGUGGCUCCCACUGCGGCCUGUCCAUCGGAGAGGACGGGCCGUCUCAGAUGGGUCUAGAAGACAUAGCCAUGUUUAGGGCCAUCCCCACGGCAACCAUCUUCUACCCCAGCGAUGGCGUUUCUAUUGAAAAGGCAGUGGAGCUUGCCGCCAGCACAAAAGGUGUUUGCUACAUAAGAACCAGCCGCCCCGAGAAUCCCAUCAUCUACAGCAGCAAUGAGGACUUCCAUGUUGGACAGGCUAAGGUGGUGUACCAGAGUACGGAGGACAAGGUGACCGUGAUCGGAGCUGGGAUUACUCUGCAUGAGGCCGUGGCUGCAGCUGAGAUGCUCAAGAAAGAAAGGAUCUUCAUCAGGGUGAUUGACCCGUUCACCAUCAAACCCCUGGACUCCAAGACCAUCAUUGAGCAUGCUCGCCAGACCAGGGGGCGUAUCCUCACUGUAGAGGACCACUACUACGAAGGUGGUCUGGGGGAGGCAGUGUGCUCAGCGGUGGUGAACGAGCAGGGCUUCACCCUACAGCGGCUGGCCGUGGCCCACGUUCCCCGCAGCGGCAAGCCCAACGAGCUGCUCAAGAUUUACGGCAUCGACCGCGAAGCCAUUUGCCAGGCCAUCAGGAAGAUGCUCAGCGGCUCUGCCAACGCCAAGUAGCUCCACCCCUUCCUGCCUAAGCCCCACCCAACCCAAUUCUACCACCCCUCAGAUAAACGUUUCAUGUCACAUGACACCACCCCACCUGGUAACCUCGCCCCCUCACUGUGAAAGUCCACCCCUGUGUUUACUGAAGUAACGUGAGUUUGUGCUGAAUGUACAUUUUGACGUAACCGUCACACAUUUCACUUUUUUCCCUCAUACAUUACACACGCAAACACAAAACCCCACUCCCACUUCCUGGUAACCAUGGGUCAUCACAGGGUCAAGUUUAGAAAUUAAAAUGAGAGGUAGUCAUUAGUCCUCAAACCCGGUUGGCAGGUGUAGAUGGACAUUCUCCAUACCAAACAAUCCAAUAAAGACUGUACAUGUUGUUACUCAAUGCAGGUACCUUUAUGUGAUGCUCAUGUGUUUUUAAACUCUUCCUCUUUGAUAUUUUCAACCCCAAACAACCAGCAGCAGUCUAUUUUAAUACUUUUAUAUUGUUCUGAUGUAGUUCUGGAGACAGGGUGGGGCAUGUGGUAGUGAAAUCUAGGUGUCGUCUCCAUGACAUGUGGUAGUGAAAUCUAGGUGUCGUCUCCAUGACAUGUGGUAGUGAAAUCUAGGUGUCGUCUCCAUGACAUGUGGUAGUGAAAUCUAGGUGUCGUCUCCAUGACAUGUGGUAGUGAAAUCUAGGUGUCGUCUCCAUGACAUGUGGUAGUGAAAUCUAGGUGUCGUCUCCAUGACAUGUGGUAGUGAAAUCUAGGUGUCGUCUCCAUGACAUGUGGUAGUGAAAUCUAGGUGUCGUCUCCAUGACAUGUGGUAGUGAAAUCUAGGUGUCGUCUCCAUGACAUGUUUGUAGAACGUAGUCCAAUAAAAAAUAAAUACAGACAAUCAAGUAGAAAUGUAUGUGGGCCAUAAAUAUCAGUGAAGUGAAAAGACCAUACAGUUUGAACCAUAUGUCUCUUUAAACCACAACACCCAACUUGUACUGGACAGCUCGUGUUAGCACAGCACACAUGAACUUCUUUUCAUCUCUACAGCUCAGACGUAGACUAGCUAAACAUAUGGCUUCAGAGAACUGCCAAAAUGUUGUGCGUUCAACCUUUGGUAGAUAUCUAACUCCAUAUUAACACCUUUUACCUGGAUGAGCAAACAAGAAGAAGUACGUUAGCCCGAGCUGUCUGAACAUACCAAUAAUGUUUCUAUUCCAUUUACAUUUUUGUCAUUUAGCGUAUGCUCUUAUCCAGAGUGAUUUACAGGAGCAGGAUCAAUGUGUUCUCUACAGCAAAUAGUUUGACUUGGAGGUCGGGGAGAGGGAUACAGGGCCAGCUAGGACUUAAAGUAGGGUUCAGCGUUUCCAUUUGAAUUCAGUCAAUUCAGGAAGUGAAUUGAUCCUAACCCUGGAUUAAAGAGAGUCUCUGUGCUUGUGGCCAUGGUGAUGUUGGGAGCAUGCUGUUACAUCUGAACUGUGAACCUAGUACAAACACCUCCUUCGUUACUUGAACUUCUGUAUGUACCUUAUACUUUUAUUUAUUAAAGCCCUCUGCAUUUGAAUUUUAGAGUUU